AUGAAGACCCUGCUCCUGACCGCCGUGCUGCUCGGGCUGGUGGCUGCCCUGCAGGCCCAGGACCCUCUGUUUUUCUCCCCACAGGAGCUGAAUAUCACGGGGACCUGGUAUGUGAAGGCCAUGGUGUCCAAGAACCUGACGGAGGGGAGGAGGCCCCGGGAGGUGUUCCCUGUGACUAUAACGGCCUUGGAAGGUGGGAACUUGGAGGCCAAGAUCAACUUCAAGUUUAAUGGUCGGUGCUACGAGAAGAAGGUUCUGAUGUACAAACUGGAACAGCCUGGCAAAUACAGGGACUCAAAGGGACACAAGUUGAUAUUUGUAGAGCAGCUGCCCAUGAAGGACCAUGUCAUCAUCUACUGUGAAAAGCAGCGCCCUGGGAAAACAUUUGGCAUGGGAAAGCUCUUGGGAAGGAGCCCCGAGGCAAGCCCAGAGGCCCUGAAAGAAUUUAAGAAAUUCACACAGCACAAGGGACUCUUGCAGGAGAACAUCAUCAUGCCUGAGCAGAAGGAUAGCUGUGUUCCUGAGCAGAACUAG